AUGUCGGACGUAGUCUCGGUCAGGAAGGCGAUGUACCUUGACUGCAUCAGGAACCACGCGGUGGCUUUGGGGCAGGUCGGGCACUGCCUGGACGGCUGCACGGAGUUCGUGCAGCCGUUGGGGAGCCGCCUCAACUGCGAGGGCUGCGGCUGCCACCGCUCCUUCCAUCGCCGCGUCAUGUUUGACGUGUCCAUCUCCGUGUCCGUGUCUCCGACGCCGCAGCCGCAGCCCCCGCAGCGCCAGCCCGUUCCGACGGCCGUGCUUUCUGGGGACAGCUCGGCUACCGAGAGCGACGAGGACGACUUCCAGCGCUCGGUCCCCGCACCGCAACAGCAGCGUCGGGCGCCGGUGGCUGUGGCGCAGCAGCAGCAGCAGCAGCACUACCCGGCACCGUUGCCCAUGAUGGUGGUGGCGCCGGAGCAGGUAAAGAGGCCCCGCGCAUCUUUCACCACGGAGCAGAAGACGAAGAUGGAGGAGCUGUCGGAGAGGAUCGGGUGGUUCUACAAGCAGCGCAACCGGGCCACCAUCGAGGAAGGCUGCCGCGAGAUCGGUGUAACCAGCAGCGCCUUCAAAAAUUGGAUGAACAACACCAAGACCAAGCGCAACAAGCUCCGCCGGGCCUCCGUCUCCGCCAACAACAACAACGCAGCACCACCAGCGGCAGCUAGCUGCUCCCCAGCUCUCCCACCGCCGCCACCGGCUUCAACUUGA